AUGAAGAAAGGCAAAUCGUCGAAAGAUUCAACUCAACAAACCCGCAAAUCUAGUGAAGCAACAGCUGGUCAAAGUUCGCACCGACCCCGUGGUAUCGGUCGGUUUCUGAAGAAGGUCAAGGACAAGUUAAGAACGUCGAUUCGCAUAAGCGCUCGAAGGUUUUCUCCCAGCCGCAGCGCUGUUCCCCCGAAUGUCGAUCAUGAACAUGCUUCAUCGACCUCGGUUCAGGCGGCUCCUUCUGGAUGCUCAAGAGGCUGUAGAGGACACGCAUUCACUUUCGAGACACGCGACAACCGCGAUCUCCGUUCUUCAAGGCGCACAACAGGGUCUCGAUGA